AUGGCUGGCUGUUCAGAACGUCGCUGCACCUGUUUACAGUGCGGUGAAAUCUCCGAGAACUACGGGGCUACUCCAUGCUACUCCCAUGUUUGCAAGAAAUGCGUCUUCGUGCCUCAGCCUCCUCUUCCUCCUGUGCGGCGAAAUAUGCAGCUGCCAAAGCAGCAUAGCCUGCUGCCAUUGCUUCGGCCGAGUCUUCGUUGUCUGGACCGUGCUUUGCAUCACUUGGUCGGGGCAUGGUCUUUGCUGCCAGGAUUUUGGCAGGCCGAGCUGUCUUGUCCGGUGCCUCUGAUGUCUCCCGCUUUGAUCCCUCGUCCGAUGCUUUCAGAGCGGACGCCUUGGCUGCGGUCUUUGCGCGCUUUUGCCGCGGGCGUUGUUGGUGGCCGUCGUCACCUGAUGCUUGUUUCUGACCCUGGCUUGCGGUGCUUUGAGCUGGCAGCUUUUGCUGGUGCUCUUGUCGCUCUGGCUGCACCUGUUUGGCACGCGCUUGCUCCGGCUGUGUGUGCCCUGCCACCACGGCAGGCACUGCAGGGGAUCGAGGCUCCCGGGGCUGUGCGCUUGCGAACUGCGCUUGCUUUUGCUCCUCUGGCUGCACUGCAGUCGACGAUCUGCCUGGCAGUGUUUAGCAUACUUAUUGAAUAA